UUCUUGGUCAUCAUGCUCACCAUCGGAGUCGAACGUGUGCAUAAUGUUCUGCACACUCGAUGCUGCGGCAGCAGCCCCGGCCAUUAAGGACUCCUCAUCCAUGUUGGCCGUGGCCUUCUCGUCGGCGCGGCCUUCUCGUGAGUGUGUGUGUCGAUGUGUUCGUGUGUUCUUGUGUUGUUGGGGGUGUUUGUGUGCGUUGGCGGCGUAUGUGCCGAAAACGCGGCGCUACUUGCCUUUUCCGCCGCCCAAACAUUUUCGCGACCUGCCCCAUUUCGAAAUGUUUGUCAAACAUUUUGUCAACCGAGCGACUUUUGCCCCAUUUCAAACUCUUUGAGAAUAUUUUGCCGAAGAUUUUCUCCCAUAAAAAGUGAAACAAAAUCUUUAUCCGCAACUAGUUACUGUUUGAAAAUUUAGACAUUUUUUCAAAGAUUUGGUGACCAUAAACAUGGGCCUUAGAGGGAUCGUGUGGGGAGUAUGUGCGCACGAGAAAAAGAACAAUUUUCAUGCACAGGGGCGUGAAAAUUUAGCCACGGCUGUCUGUCUGUCGGGUGUCUGUCGAGUNUUUUCAAAGAUUUGGUGACCAUAAACAUGGGCCUUAGAGGGAUCGUGUGGGGAGUAUGCGCGCACGAGAAAAAGAACAAUUUUCAUGCACAGGGGCGUGAAAAUUUAGCCACGGCUGUCUGUCUGUCGGGUGUCUGUCGAGUGUCUGUCUGCGCGCCCUAAAUAACCAGCAGACUCGAGCCCAUUUCACCAUCUCGGCACCAAAUUGCAAACUAAAACUUGCGCACAACAAGUAACAUUUUGCCCGAGCUGUCCCAACCGCUACCUUUGCAAUCCGUGGUCGGUGUCUCGAGAUAGCACACCGUUUGUGCAAAUAUAUAUGUCACAUGGACGCAUCCCCGGGAGGCGUCGUCAUUUUUGUUUUUCUCUGGGCAACAAACUACACGCUACACGCACGCAAGAAGAAACCACGACGCACUGCCGCCGUGCUGCACACAUUGCUGCUGCUACUGGCAAGACACGCACUACACAGAGACAGGGAACAUGGACAAGGGGGGCGGGACACACACACAUACUGCUGUUGGCGACGGCGGAGGAAGCGGGGAACGUUUGGUUGGUCUGGGGUUCAUCGCUGAUGAUGUUGUUGUUGUUGUUUCCAAUGUUUGUUGUUGUUCAACAACGCUGCCGACCUUUUCGCCUUUUGUUCUCUGGAGAGAGAGGGAGUCCCACCAACCAGCGUGUGUUGCACACACCACACAGCGAGAGCGGGACGGGAGCAGGGUGUGCCCUAUACUACUGCUGCUGCUAGCUUUCGGCGGAGGAAGCGAGAGGAGAGAUAUUGAUUGGGUCUCUGUGGGUCCAUCGGUUGGUUGUUGUUAUUGUGUUGCGACGCGGCGGGAGGGAGCGGCCUCUGACUCUGCUCUGGAGAGAGGCACACAUACAUCACAGCACGGGACCAGUAACACAUCACGCUCGUUCCUAGACGAU